GUACAUCCCUAGUACAAUCGAUAGCCGAUAUUCGAAUUAUACAUACCUAGUACAUGUGCUAAAUAUAAAUAAACACAAUGGCAAGAAAAAAGAAUCCUAAAAAGAAAUUGGAAAUUGUUUUCGAUCCACAGAAAAGAAAGGAGUUUUUGACCGGAUUUCGGAAGCGUAAGAAUGAGAGACGUAAACGUGCGCAAGAGGAAUUGGAGCGCAAUUUAAAGGAAGAACGUCGCAGAAUUCGAUUGGAAAUCAAAGAUGGUAUUAAACACAUGAAAAAGUCAUUUGAACCAUUGAAGGAACUUACGGAGGCAGACAAACGCAAUGAGGAUGAGUACGAAGAUGAUGAUGUGAAGGUUAAAAUAGUGGAGUUAUCCACGGGUGAUUUAGCCGCUCAACGCAAUAUGUUGGGAGUAAAUCGUGGAGAGGAAUCCGAAGAAAGCGAAAAAGAGGCUAAAACAGAUGACGACGAUGAUGAAAACAAUAGUCCCAACUGUAUACCAGGAAUGGAUUUCGAUAUCAACGCCAGAAAAAGGAAACAUGCCGCAGAUUCGGAAAAUGAAGAUUAUGACAGUGACGAGGAAAAAGUCAAAAGUAAAAAGUCAAAAACAGAAAAAGAAAAAUUAGAACUAAAAACAAAAAAAGAAUUGGACCACUUCAAAAAAGUCAAGACCAUGAAGAAACUUAAGAAGACUAAGGCUUUCAAAAUGAAACAGCAGCUGGACAAAAAGGCCAAUCAGAAGAAAGCUAGAAAAGAUAGAAACAAUACGUUGAAAAGUCUACCAGCUCAUCUAAGGAAAAAGAAGAAAUUCCAAAAGAACCCAUAUAACAAGGGAAGACUUAUGAAUAGAAAACAAAUCAGAAAGAAGAAUAGUAGUUGAAAGCACUUCAAUUUACAGUAAAUAAAGUCUAUGAAGUACUGUUAA